UUGUACCAAGACAGACAAAACUUACCAUCAUAUCUAAAAGGUAUAUAUGUUCAUAAGUUCCUAGUUAGUUCAAUAGCAAUGUGGGCUUCACCUCGCUAUUCAUGGUAUGUUUGUAAACUUCUUGACGAACUUUGUACAAAGCAGAGAGAAGAUAUGAUGAAAGAAGACAAAAACAUACAGAAAAGAAUACCACGUUCGGUACCAAAAGGAAAGGAAAAGAACUAUAAGUAUAUGAUUUACACUGAAGAGAUGGAAAAUGAAGAAGACAGAGAUAUGGUUAUGUUGCAUUUAGUCAGAAGAAACAACAAAAGCUUUUACGACUUAGCUAAGAUUUACAAAUCUGACAGAAAUUGGUUCUAUCGCGAAAACUUACCGAUUUCAAUGACACCGAAUGAAGAUGUUAAACAGAUAGUUCAAGAUACGUUACCUCAAACACACUAUGAUAUGAAAGGUUGUACAAUACUUACAUUCAAAGAAGAUUUGCCGCUACUGAAGGAAAAGAUAACAGAGUAUUUCGAUAACUUCAAAGAGGAAGAGUAA